GCUAAAGACGUUGAAAGACGGAAUGAUGAUGGUUGGCUUUCUAUAUCCAUGUUAGAUGGGAAGGCAUUGUACAGGGACAUCUUAAAUGCCACAGAGGAGUUUGAUGCAACAUUUUGCAUCGGGCAAGGAGGGCAUGGAAGCGUUUACAAGGUUAACCUUCCAUCAUUAGGGACUAUAGCUGUGAAGAGACUUCAUUCUUCAUUUGAGAAUACACAUCCCAAAAGCUUCAUGAAUGAAGUAAGGGCAUUGACUGGGAUUAAGCACCGGAACAUUGUGAACCUCUACGGCUAUUGUUCGCAUGUACAGCACUCGUUCUUGGUUUAUGAGUACAUGGAUAGGGGGAGUUUGUCUAUUGUUUUAAGCAAUGAAGUUGAGUCCAAGAAACUGGAUUGGCUUAAAAGGGUGAAUAUUAUCAAAGGCGUUGCUUUUGCUUUAUCUUACAUGCACCAGGAUUGCUCACCACCGAUUGUUCAUCGAGACAUAUCAAGCAGUAAUGUUUUGCUUGAUUCCGAAUAUGAAGCUCGUGUUUCAGAUUUUGGCAUUGCUAAGCUUCUCAAGCCAGACUCAUCCAACUGCACUGCGCUUGCAGGCACAUAUGGAUAUGUUGCACCUGAACUUGCUUAUACAAUGAAGGUUACACCAAUGUGUGAUGUCUAUAGCUUUGGAGUUUUAGCAUUGGAGAUAAUCAAAGGGAAGCAUCUCGGGGAAUAUAUUACCGUGCUAGCGAAUUCGUCGACUAUAGAUCGUGUGCAGUUUAGUGAUUUGCUAGAUGAACGCCUUCCAUAUCCUGAAGAUGAAGUAAAAGAGGUUUUGGAUUUUAUCAUCAAGAUAGCAAGCUCUUGUUUGGUUGAAACUCCAAAAUCAAGGCCAACAAUGCAAUUCAUCUCUCAUAAAUUAUCAACAAUGUAAAGUGAGCUUUUUAAUCCCUGAGAAGUAAGGUGUCUUUGUAUGAAAAUGAAUAACCUUUGACCCACGACAAAAUUAUUAUUCAGACUAGUAUUGUUGUAUUGUCAGGGUUGUGAACUUUUAUCAAACAACUGAUACAAAGCUUGGUUUACCAAGUUGCAUUAAACAGAUAAGAA